AUGACUGUCAACGUUACCUGGAAGACGCCUGUGCCAACCGUGCCUGACGCAACCUUCGUCGUCGUCGAUAACAUCGCUCUGAGCGCGACCGAGGACAACGUGCGCGACUUUUUCGCCUUCUGCGGCACUAUCCAGUCGCUGGAGCUCCAGAAGACCGAGCGCGGCACGCAGGUUGGUCUGAUAAAGUUCGCGACCGCUGACUCGGCAAAGACAUCCUUGCUGCUGUCCAAUGCACUCAUCAACUACGAGGCCAUUACUGUGGCUCCGCUGUUCCCUGAGACAAACCCUGAGACGCCGCCCAACGAGGCCGUAGCUCGCAGCACCGAGCCGGCCCCCGCCCAGCCAUCUUCGACGGGCAAGCCCGCUCUCUACAUUGUCCAUGAGCUCCUGGCCGCUGGCUAUGUUCUGGGCGAGCAAGUCAUCGCGCGUGCGAUCACCGAGCGCUCGCAGCAGCAGGCCAGGUCGCUUGACUCGCAGUACAAGCUGACCGACUACUUGCAGCAGUGGGACAACAAGUUCAAUCUGACCAAGCGUGCAACCGACGCAUACAACAAGCUGCAGAGCCAUCCGACCGGCCAGAGGGCGAGGGAGAUUGCGGAGCGGAAGCGCGCUGAUGGGUCGCCGCUGUUUGGGAAGAUUCCCAUUCCGCCGGCGCCGGCUGCAGGCCCAUCCAACACCAGCCCAGCUGCCGGUGGUCUGGCUGCAGGUCCUGUUAACCCUCCGCCUCCUGCUACCCCCAGCGAGAAGGAGGGCACGCCUGCCAGCAACGCUGCAUCGCUUGACUGA